GUGAAGGCUCUCCUGGGACGCAGGCGCAGACUGCUCUGAGCGAGCCUUCCGUGGGGGGGGGGGGAGCCCGCGCAUGCGCGGCGUUUGGCCGGAGGACGCGCUGCUGGAGCCUGGCAAAGUUCUCUGGGGAAUCUGUGCCAUUGUCGCAUCAACCAUCUGUUAGACGAAGUUAGAUAGUGAAACAACUUUCUACAGAGCCAGCAAAGGCUAUCUACUAACUACUGAAGAAUUAUUUUAUGGUGCUCUUGCCAGUUUUGAAUUAGACUCUCUCUUGUGCCAGAAUGUCAUUGGAUGGAGCCCAACAAGAUCAUGGCCGUGGCAUGAAGAAAGACAAUCAUAAUGUUGGAUUCUUUCCUGCAGCCCAGUCUGCAAAUACCCAUGCAAAUCUUGGGAGAAUGAACCAGGGUGCACGAAUGGGUGGCUAUAUGAAUUUUGGACGGGGUCAGGCAGUGGGCCUACAAGGUAUGGGACAAGGACAUCAGAAUAUAAUGUCUUCAGGUGGUGGGCCUUCUCGAUCCAGCAGUGGUUUGCCUUCUUUAUUUGAUGUAGGCAGUCGUAAUCAACCCUCACUUGCCGCUCAGAAACGGAUUGAUGCGGACAGGGCCAGUAAUAUUUUAGCAACUUUUGGCCUUUCAUCCAGGGACUUGGAUGAGCUGAGCCGCUAUCCUGAAGACAAACUUACUCCUGAAUCCUUGCCAGACAUUCUUAUGCAGCUUAAAAGAAAAAGAAAUGAUGAUGGAGCAUCUUUGAAUUACAGCAGAGGUGACAGUUCUCCUCGGGAAGAUCGUUCCUUCAGAGCCUCCCGUAGUGAGUGGGAGGAAGAAAGGCGCUUUCGGAAUAAUUUUGAAGGUCGUGAUCCCGAUGCUGAUCCAGUGGUCAAUUAUGACCAUGGUUCUUCUCGAGAGUCGAGUUUUAGAUAUUAUGACAGGAAGGACUAUGAGCCUGAACGAUUAAGAGGUGAUGACUUUCGUAGGGAUGAUAUGCGUUUGUCUGACCCAAUGUAUAAAUAUGAUUCUGAUUAUGGAAAAAUGGGGCCUUCUUCUCGUGGCCAAGAAAGGUCCCUUUUUGAAAGAAAACGAGGAUCUCCUUCACUGAGCAACGUAAACGAUUACCAUGGUUUCUUGCCAGCAAUGUUCCCUCAUUUGUGUUCGCUGUGUGAUGUAACUGUUCAUUCUGUGAAGGAAUGGAACCAGCAUAGGAAUGAACCAGCACACAAAAGGCGUUGCUUGCUGCUCUUGGAAAUUUACCCUCAAUGGGUUCCAGAAGAUGUACCAACCACAAGGAACAAUCCUUCUGCCCGGCAGUCCAAUCUUGCUCCAGAUGCUGCAUCUGCAAUCCUCGCAGCCAUCAGACAGUUGGAUGCACUGGACCCUCAUGGAGGCAACAGAAAAGGUCAAAUCCAGAACAAACGAAACAUGAAGGCAAUGGAUGAACCUGGCCGAGUGCUUCAUAUGACAGAAUUACCUAAAGGAAAAUGCAAAGUGAAAGACAUCCUCAAACUCGCUCAACCUUUUGGAAUCAUUACAAAGUACUUGCUUUUAAAUACAAAGAGCGAGGGGUUUGUGGAAAUGGCCACAAGUGGACAAGCACAAACGGCAGUCGCCUUUUACAGUAUGAAACCGGCAAUUCUUUAUGGCAAGAAGGUCCGAGUGGAUAUGUCUCACAAGUACAAAGAGAUAGAUUUGAAGAAGCAAAAACAAGAAAGGAGUGGUGGCAGGGUGGCGCUUCUGCAGAAUCUCCCUCCGUCUGGGUACUCGGACGCUGAUGUUGUGAAAAUUGGUACCAGCUUUGGGAAAGUGCUCAAUUACAUUGUGAUGAGACUCAGGAACCAGGCAUUUCUGGAAAUGGAGUCAAAAAAAUGUAUGGUAGACAUGGUUAAACACUACAAGAAAACACCUUUAAUAUUUCGAGGUAGAAAGGUAACGGUGGAUGCAUCUCAGAAAUACAAGACUCUUGUACUGAAGAAACCGAGCAUAAAGGUUCAAGAAUUAUUGAAAGAACAGGAUGAAGCAGAUAGAAGAAGACGACGUUCCCGCAGUCCUUCUUUUAAGAAAAAACUACCUAGCAAAUCAAAGAACCCUCCAAAAGCUGAUGGAGAUAAAGGAGAACAGAGAACCUCUGAAAGUUCGCCUUCGAAAGAAAUCAAGAAGGAAAACUCCGAGGGAGAUAAUGAAGGAGAAAUUAAAUCUGAAAUAAAAGAGGAAGUUUCACGGGAAGAAGCAAUUGCAGUUGUUGAAAGUGAUGUGGAACUUGAAGAAGCUAUGGUUGAGGGGCUCUGCACUAGUGAAUCAGAGAAUGAAAUUGAUCAAGAAGGUUUACUGAAGGAAACGAUGCAUGAAAUGGAAGUAUCUGACUUGGUGGAACCAGAUUCCAAAAUAGAUGUGGAAACAAGCAUGCAAAAUACAUCAGAAACAACUGAGACGACACCAGCUGUUCAAAGGAGCAAAAGAAAUCAACAAAUGUCAUCCCAGGAGUUGAAGGAAGAGUGCUUUCCUGAAAACAUAGAUGAAUUUGUAACUGUGGAUGAGGUUGGUGAUGUAGAAGCUGGAAAUUUGGAUCUGGAAGAUCUGACAUCUUGUGCAGAGAACAGUAGUAAACUGGAAACUGAUGAAGCCGAUGUAAGUGUUCUAACAGAGAAAUCUGAGGACACCAAUGAGCAAAAAGAAGAGGAUGUAGACAAACCUAAAAGAAAACGUGGUCGAAAGAGGGGAAAAAACAUUAAAACUAAAAGAACAGAACAAAGUGACAAAAAAGAUAGUAGUGAAGAAAAUGAAGUAAAACAAGAUGGAGAUGAAAUGAUUGAAAAUAAGAUGGAUACAGAUCAAAAGAAUGAAACGCAGGGCGAGACAAUCUCAACUUGUGUAGAACCAGAAAGCAAGCGUGCUCGAUCACGAUCUCCUACUCCAGAUGAGUACCGACUUGCACCAUAUCAGCCCAACAAUCCUGUUGGACUAGACUAUGUGGUUCCAAAGACUGGAUAUUAUUGCACGCUGUGCUGUCUCUUUUACACAAAGGAGGAAGUGGCAAAGAAAACCCAUUGUAGCAGCCUGCCUCAUUAUCAGAAACUGAAGAAAAUGUUGGACAAGCAAGCUGAAGAUUACCGGAAAACUAAAAUGGAACAAAGUCCUGAAGUGCAGAUUGAAGAACAAACUGACCAAUGAUCCCACUGAUGAUAGUUCAUAACAUCUAACCAAUUAGCUGGCAAUUCUCAUAGCUUCCUGAUUUUAUUUGUUAUUAUUUUUGCCCUUCUAACAAUAUUUAGAUAUGUCUUAAUAUUGCAAUGUACAGACAUGCAUGAAUGGAUUGGCAACAGUGAUCACAUUUUUGUUUGCAGUAACUGUAUUUGUUAAAUAGGAAAAAAUUCUCGGGGCAGGGUAGGUAGGGACAGUUAAAUUUCAAGGACCGUUGAAGUGGUGGGAAUUGAUGGAUUUCUGUGCUAUUGACAAAAUACCAGUUAUUGAGUUGUUCAAGGAACUGCUUUGUGUUGAGUACCAUUUUCUGGGCUAUUUUAUCAAAAGCUGUCAAAGGAAGUUGGUUAUUUUUGUAAAGUGUUAAGUUGAAAACAUUCAGCAAAUGUCCAAGUUCAGUGUUGUAUUGCAUAUAAACAGGAAAUGUCUUGCCAAGAAUUAAUUACAUGAUUAUUGAAAUCUGUAGAAGAAAUGUCUAAUGUUCACAUUGUUGCAGCACAUUCACACAAUAACAAAGCUUGCAUGACACUGAUGGUAAAGGGGAAAGAAAGGAUGAAUGUGGUGUUGAUAUGGUGAGAUGUUUGAGCCAUUAAAAGGGUAGAAAUCCUGAUAAUUCUGUGGAGCAAUAUGCUCUGCAAGUUAAAAGUGAAGACCAAAAUACAAUUAUAUUUUGUUUGAUUUGAACUAAUGUCAUUCUUUUUUUCUGAUAUGGAGGGUAGGGGGUGCUGGAAGUUGAACAGCUAAUUUCUGUCUGGCAAAUUCUCAAAUUUUGCUUUUAGUACACUCUGUAUCAUGGCCCUGCAUAUAAAUGGCUCCAGUGGUUUAUUUAGCUCGUUUAAAAUAAAACCCAUACGAGUUAGCACCAAAACCAAUCUGCAGUUUUGUUUGUCUUGUUUUUGCAGUGUGUCAUUUAUGCUGCAUUUAAUGAGGGCAGUAUCAUAUAUUGACUAGCUCAUCACUUCAAUUUUUCAACAAAAUACACAUUUUACAAAACUGAUUUUUAAAACAAUUUCUCAAAUGCUUCCUUUAAAGCAAAAACCUAAAUUAUAAUCAGCCAAGAUAAAUUGAACUUCCCAUUUUUUUGGUAUAUCUGCUAGGGCUGUGUCUUUAAAGAAAAUUGCUGGCUUUGUGAGAAAUGUUCUGAAAAUAGGAACGUUAUAUUAAUUUUUAAUAUUAGAAUCCUUGUAGAAUCACUACAGUUUGUUUCCAUUAAAACUAAUUUCAAGUUUUUACUUUUGUAGAAUGUAGUUUGGUUACUUUACACAAAGGGCUAAGCUUGCAGGAAAGGAAUUCAAACACUGUUUCUCUUGAGUAACCUGAGAUUAACUUGUACAGUACUGUGUAGUACUCAUUUGUGAGUGAUAAAAUCAGCUUGCAAUGGUUACCAAUGAUCCACACAUGUUCAAAAAUUGCGAGCACAAUGCAUAUUUACUUGACCAUGGUACUAAACAAAUGUCUUUGUACAACAAGUUAUCUAUAUGCACACAAAAUUGAACAAAUUCCCAAAAAUUCUGUGUCCCAGUUGGUCUUUGAUUUGCCCUAUUGUAAGCUAGUUGUAAACAAGUGAAUGUGAGCAACUCUUUGACACAACUUAGUGCAUUUAAAUUUACUGUAAAUAGUUUUUAAUGACUCAUUCUUGUGACUAGUUUAAGAUUACUGUCUGACUGGGGUUACAUUGGCGUAGUGUGCUGAUGAUCCUGUCAUAAAAGUUUGUCCCUUUGUUUUUAGCAUAUAUCACCAAGUUUGCCUCUUUUGGGUGGUAUGUUUUAAUGUUGGUAUCUAUUUUAGAUGUGUAGGACUUCCAAUGCAGACAAAUGUUUUGGUUUGUUUCUUGAUAAAUAUAUGACAUAAUGGGCAUUGUGCUUUUUUGACAAGUAUAUCCUGCAUGGGUGUGGAAUAACACAUGCUUCCAGGGGAUUAAGUUUGCUAAUGAAGGUAUCUGUCUGAACAGAAUACAGUACAUGCCACCACCUGUGUUUAAUGAAGAGAAUUGUGUGAAGCACUGCAGCUUUAAUCAAGAGGCAGCAAAGUAUGAAAACUGCUGUUAUGUCAUGUUUUGGUUUGAGUAGAAACAAGUAGUUUUGUAAUUCUUAUGUUCAAAUAAAGCUCCAGGUUUCUAUGA